AUGGCGCAUCGGCCUCCCGAGAUGGCGGCGAUGGACAGCUCGGUCCUUAAGCCGUCUUGCCCGGGUCUGUACGCAACGACCAUCUUAAAGGCUGACUACCAGCUCAGGGACCACGACGAGACCAUCUACACCCCCGCCGAGUGCAACAGCCUGGAGUUCAACGUCGAAUGUCACCUCUCCACCGCGUUCGUCACGUGCAAGACGCAGUGGAUGGUACCGUCCAAGCUGCUCAAGAGCAGCGCGAACCAGGGUAAGAACUCGUGCACAUUCGCGCUGCCCAUGGAUCAGAAGGGCGUCGUCACCUCGAUAUCCGCCAAGAUGAAGAAGAUGCACAUCCAGUCGUGCGUCGUGCCCGUCGCGGACACGGGCAAGUUCUCGGGCAAGCGAUUCGGCAGGAACGGACCGGAGCCGUGCCCGGUGCACCCCGAGGUUUUCGCAAUCGCCAUCCCCAACGUCCCCGCGAACGAGCUUGUCGACAUCGAGGUGACCUACUUUCAGCCCCUCAAGUUCGAGGACGGCGCGUACAUAUUCGAGGCGCCCACCACCCUGCCCAAGGGCGCGCUGCCGCAGGGUGCACAGCUCAAGGACAUCGUCCACAUCAUGACCACCGUACGCGGCGCGCGGCCCGAGCCCGUGAUGGUGGAGUGCAAGUCGCACCCCGUGACCCUCGUGCAGGCCGGACCCGGCGUGACGCAGGUGAUGAUCGACCCGAGGUCCAACAAGUGGGGCAACGGCAACUAUCUCAUGAGGAUGCCAGUCUGGAGCCCGAGCAUCACCGCCGCGGCGGUGCAGCAGCCGUCGCCCAAAGGACCGACGGCGGACACCAGGGCGCCGUUCAUCAUCUCGAUCUCCCCGCCGGACCCCAAGAGCUGCGCGCCGUUCGCGAGGUCCGUGUUCUUCAUCGUGGACAGGAGCGGGUCCAUGACCGGAAAGCCGAUGGCGGGCGCCAACCAGGCGCUGCUCGCGGGCCUCAGCUCGCUCGGUCCCCAGGACACGUUCAACAUCUGCGCCUUCGAUAACCUCCAGGAGUACCUGAGCGAGGACAUGGUACCCGCAUCGCCGGAGAACAUCAACGCCGCGAAGGGCUGGAUCCAGGGCCACUGCACCGCGCGCGGUACCACCGACAUCCUGAGCCCGCUGCGCGCCGCGGUGGCCAUCCUCAGCAAGAGACCCUUGCUCGGCGCGGUGCCCCUCAUUUACGUCGUCACCGACGGAGCCGUGGAGAACGAGCGCGAGAUCUGCAGGUACAUGCAGGAGGUCAUGAGUGCGCCACCGCCCGAGGGUCUGAUGACCCACCCGCGAGUGUGCACCUUUGGCAUCGGCCGCUACUGCAACCACUACUUCCUCAAGAUGCUCUCUCAGAUUGGCAAGGGUCUCUCCGACGCCGCGUACACGGACGAGCGUGUCGGGUCCCAAAUGAUCGCUCUCAUCAACGCGUCCAGGACCCCGGUGCUGACCGACGUCAUGCUCGGCAUUCCGGGCGCGGGUGAGAGCUCCAAGGUUGAGGUGUAUCCCUUCCCGGUACCCGACCUCUACAUCGGCGCGCCGGUCAUGGUUGCGGGCAAGAUUCAGGGCGGUUUGCCGCCCAGCAUGUCCAUCAAGGGCCGCCUGGCGAGCGGUGAGGAGUGGGAGAGCACCAUACCGGUCGCUCCUGAUCUGCAGAACAACGUCCUGAGCAUCCCGCUGGACAAGGUUUUCAUCAAGGAGCGCAUCGACAUGCUCACGGCGAACGCGUGGCUCACAAACAACAAAUCCGCCGAGGCGGAUGUCACCGCUCUCUCGUUGGAGUACGGCGUGCCGUGCCCGCACACCAAGCUCUGCGCCUUCGAGGUGGACCCGAAAAAGUCUGCGGAGGUGGAGGCGGCCAAGAAGAAGGGUGGCGCGAUGAAGAUUGCCAAGUACGCCGUGGGCGGCGCCGCGGGCGUCAUGGUGCUCGGCGCGCUCGCGGGUGCCGACUUUGGCAACGUGGGCGCGUCGCUGGCGAACGUCGCGGGAGGCAUCGGGGAUUUGGGUAGCGUCCUCGGCAGUAUCAACCUCCCCGCGGGCAUCGCGAUACCCGACAUCGACCUCGGCGUGUGCGGGGACAUGUUGGGCGGGAUGUGCGGCGAGAUCUGUGAGCCAGUUGCGGGGUGCUUGGGGCCCAUCCUGGAGCCGUGCAGCGGCUGCAUCGGAUCGGUGGGCGACGUCGCGGGGGAUGCGGUUAACGCAAUCGGUGGCGUCGCCGAAAGUGCCAUCGAUGUCGUCUCGGGCAUCCUCGAAUGA